AUUGCAUCUCAAUACCCUCAUGAUGAUUCAUAGGAUUAUCUUGUGUACCACCUUCUUUCUUCUUUUUACUUUUCCUUGUUUAGUCUUUUCUAAUAAUCCAACCGCCUUUUCGCCUGGAAGAAAUAUACGCAUUUCUGCAAUUCAAACGCUCCAAUUACCAUCGAAUACUGCAUCCACGGGAGCCUUGACUUUUGGUUUGUUUAAUGGAAGUAUGUACACAGGUACUAUUGAUGGUAGGAUAUUGAAGUACAACAAGUUUCGUGGAACUUUCGAAGAUUUUGCCUAUACUUCACCUGAUAGGACCAAUGCAUACUGCGAUGGAACAACUGACAUUGGAAGGUCACACAUAUGUGGUUUUCCUAAAACAUUCAGUACUGACAAAAUUACAGGGAAAAUAUAUGUCAUUGAUUCAAACCUAGGACUUUCAGAAGUGGGGUUUUCUGGAGGGCUUGCUACUACUUUAGUUCCUUCUAGAGAUGGUGUACCCUACCACCUACUUCUUGGGGUAGAUGCUGCUACAAAUCGCAAAGUUUACUUCACUGAUGGCUCCAGUAUAUAUGGUUUAAAGGAUUUGAAUGUUUCCGUAGUGACCGGUGACUCCUCCGGAAAAUUGUUGGAAUACGACACCAGAACGAAAGUUGUGACGGAGUUGCUGACAGGACUGGCAGGUCCGGCCGGGGUGGUCUCGGAUCCGGUUGCCUCUUAUCUCCUUGUUUCAGAGUUCACCGGAAAGAGAAUCCGAAAGUACUACAUAAAGGGACCAAAAGCUGGUACUUCCGAAGUUAUCUUAACGUUUUUGGGUAAUCCAGACGUGAUUACGAGAAUUAAGGGCGAAGAAAAUUUCUGGGUUGCGGUCAACAACCCGAGUAGUGAAAUCCCCGUGGUUCCUUUAGCCAUCAAGUUUAGUUCCGCCGGCGAAGUACUAGCAAUGUUGCAGCUCGUCGGGGAGUUCAAACAGAGGAUUACUAUUGUCUUUCAACAAGGAAAUCAACUGUUUGUUGCGGGACUCAACGUAACAUAUAUUGUCAAGUACAACUUGGAAUAUUCUUAGUAUAAGUUUAAUAAACAUGUUAAAGAGAUCUGUAACAUGUUGGUGUUUAAGUAUGGGGAAUGAUUAAAGGUUUAUUUUGACGUUGGUUUAGUUUCCAUUGUCAAUGUCAUAUAUACUCUUAAAAGUUCCCAUAACACAUUACAUUGAUCCUCUCGGGUUGAUAAUGUUUUU